AUGCCAACACUUGUACCGCCACCUGCAGGACGUGGUCUUGGUAGUAAUAACAAACGACGUGGGCCAGGUCUCAAGCUAUCGUUUGAACACUUGCAAACACCUCCAGCUUCGUCUAUUACGGCUGUCGACCCUGCUACACAACACAAUAAUACCUUUCGAGAAAAAGUGGGCAAUAUCGUUGGCAAUAGCAGCAGGUCUGCUCAAUCCUCCUUGACCCAAUCCUCAUCUGAUGUCAAUGUCAACCAUGUAAAGCGUACAUACCCUGGCUGUGGAGCUGACGACGAAGACGACGAUGGCGACGAUUCUUUGGCAGCUGCUUAUCUCAACGCUGUAAGGCAAACAACACCCACCGCUGCCAUGGCAACAACACCACCUUCAACAACAGAGAGGAGAAACAUCCCUGUUUUGCGUGAGCCUCCACAACCUCCCGCUACAGGUCCUCGAAGAUCACCCAACACCACUACCACGCAUCAUCAUCAUCAUCACGUGCCUGUUUCAUCCACUACCACAUCUACAAGCACAUCCAAUGCAACUCCAGUAUCCCCAUUUUCAUCAUCUUCUUCAUCAUCAGCAUCCGAUGCCAAUGAUCCAGAUGGCAGUCAUUGCAUGGAUAUCAAGACCGAAGACUUAGAAGUCAUCAAACUUUUGGGUGAAGGUGCUGCUGGUACGGUCCGAAAAGUAUUGCAUCGGCCUAGUGGUCGCAUUAUGGCAAAAAAGACCAUUGGUACAGAUCCCAACCCCAAGGUACAAAAACAGAUUUUACGUGAAUUGGCUUUCCAAAAGACUUGCAACUCCCCCUACAUUGUUUCUUUUUGGGGUGCUUUUCUGGAAGACGGCGACACAUCCCUCUCUUUAUGCAUGGAAUUCUGUGAAGCCGGUAGUCUGGAAGAUAUCUAUAAGCGGGCAAGAGAUCUUGGCGCAGUGAUUGGUGAACCUGUACUUGAGCGUAUUGCCGAAUCUGUAUGCAAAGGUCUUGUGUAUUUGCAAUCACAACAUGUUAUCCACCGAGAUAUCAAGCCGUCCAAUAUCCUUGUCACAAGAAAAGGUGAAAUCAAGCUUUGCGAUUUUGGCGUGUCGGGUGAAUUGAUCAAUUCUAUUGCAAAGACAUUUACCGGUACCAAGUAUUACAUGGCGCCUGAACGUAUCAAGGGUGCUCCAUAUGCUGUGCAAUCCGAUAUUUGGUCAUUGGGACUUACGUUGAUUGAAGUAUCACAAAACCGACCCGCUUUACCGCCACCAGGUCAAGCACAAUUAUCUGUCAUUGAGCUUUUGGAGCUCAUCGUGCGCCAUCCUGUACCUGUUAUACAAGGUGACCAUAUAUCCAAGGAAUGCCGGAACUUUGUGGCUGUCUGUCUUAUCAAGGAUCCUCAAGAACGACCAGGCCCAGCUAGAAUGUUGGAACAUCCCUUCAUCAAACGAUGGGAAGAUGUCCCUAUGGAUGUUGCUACAUGGGUCAAAGAAGUAUGGGAUUGGAAAUAA